GAAAAAGAAAAAGAAAGGAAAAAGAAAAAAGAAAAACAUUGGGAGAAGAAAAGCAGUUGGUGAUCUUUAGGUUGGUUAUGGUGGAAAAUCCACUAGGCUUGAUGCAGGGUAACUGCUGCUGCUGAGGGGCAAAACUGUCAUUCCGGAAUCUUCCAUCUCUCCUUUACUCUUUACAUCCAUCAUCCAUGCUCUUGCUCUUCUUCUUCACUACUUCUACAGCCUCAGCUGGUGGACCUUCCCCUGUUGUUGAACUAAUCAGUAACACUAUCAACAAGCUAACUGGAAUCUUCCUUAUCGGCGGCGGCGGCGGCGGUGGAGACGAAGGGCACGACAGUGGAUUCUGGAAGUACACAACAGCUUCUAAUGCCGGAGUAGCUUUCGCUGUCACGGCCUUGGCCGGUCUCGCCUUGGCCGCCGCCGUUCUCUGCAAGACUAGGGGCCGUCUAAAAUCUCCAUGGUCCCGAAGAAAGAGAAAACAUGCUUUGUCACCUCAACAAUGGAGAAGUAUGUUUACACCAGACGGAAAACUUCGUGAUCGUGGAGCCAAAUUUCUGAAGAAAGUUAGAAGUGGGGGCGUUGAUCCAAGAAUCAGGGUGGAGGUCUGGCCAUUCCUUCUUGGAGUUUAUGACUUGAGCAGUACACAAGAGGAAAGGAAUAUUAUAAGAACUGAGAAAAGAAAGGAAUAUGAGAAGCUUCGAAAGCAGUGCCGCCGAGUUUUGAAACAUAAUGAUGAAAUCUUUAAGUUGAGCGAAGCUGGUGGCACAAGCAGCUUCCUCCUCGUAGCCUGUAAUUCUCCAAAUUCUGAAGAUGCUGUCAGUGCUAGGGAAUCCCUUUCCAGUGAGGAAAGGAGCCCAUCCAUCAACUACUCAGAACAUCUAACCGCAUCAAUGUUGGAUGGGAAUGCUGAUUCUAAACGAUUUACAGAUGCAAGUGUGAUUUAUGAUUCUGAUUCUUCAGACUCAGAUUCCUCAGAAGACCCUGAAGUCAGUCAAACUUUUCCAUCGACUGAAAGUAGGGAGGAGAAUGAUCCUCGUAUGUCCCCCAAGGAUGAAUCAUCUCCUUCAAAGACUGAAGUCCAGUCACGAAAUAUAGAAGAUUUUGCCUCAUGGCAGCGGAUUAUUCGCCUUGAUGCAGUUCGUGCAAAUGGAGAGUGGAUAUCGUAUUCCCCAACUCAGGCUGCAGUACCAGAUGAAAGAGCACGUCGUUCUGCUGAAACUGUUGGGUUGAAGGACUAUGACCACCUAGAACCUUCCAGGAUUUUCCAUGCUGCUCGACUAGUUGCCAUUCUUGAAGCCUAUGCUCUUUAUGACCCUGAAAUUGGCUACUGUCAGGGAAUGAGUGAUUUGCUGUCCCCAAUCGUUGCUGUAAUGACUGAGGACCAUGAAGCUUUCUGGUGUUUUGUUGGUUUUAUGAGGAAGGCUCGGCAUAAUUUUAGGCUCGAUGAGGUUGGAAUCAGAAGGCAACUGAAUAUUGUUUCUAAAAUUAUAAAAUUCAAGGAUUCACAUCUCUACAGACACUUGGAGAAGCUUCAGGCAGAGGACUGCUUUUUUGUAUACAGGAUGGUGGUGGUACUCUUUAGGAGGGAAUUAACUUUUGAGCAAACACUUUGCCUGUGGGAAGUGAUGUGGGCAGAUCAAGCUGCAAUUAGAGCUGGUAUUUGGAAGUCUGCUUGGAGCAGAAUAAGGCUGCGUGCACCCCCAACAGAAGAUUUAUUGUUGUAUGCCAUUGCUGCUUCAGUCUUGCAAAGAAGGAAACAAAUCAUAGAGAAGUAUAGCAGCAUGGAUGAGAUUUUAAGGGAGUGCAAUAGCAUGGCUGGGCAUCUAGACGUGUGGAAACUCCUUAAUGAUGCACAUGACUUGGUUGUGACCCUGCAUGACAAGAUAGAGACCCCUUUUUGAUGGUGUCAUUAAAAUUAUGAGCUUAUGACUAACUAAUUUGUUCAUCUCAGCCGGUGGCGGUGAGGGCCUUUAAACAGAAAGCGCGCAGUAAGACAUAUUUCAUCAUAUUGCUGGCUUUGAACGUUUUUUGGAGGGUUUAGAUGUGCCAGCCAGGUAAACAUACUCACUGAGAUGUGUAUUUCUGGAGUAUCCAUGCUCUGCUUCUGAUCAAAGUUCGUGGAAUCAUUCAAUUGACGUUUGCAACUUAAUAGAUUCA